AUGGAGAUGGCUUGGGCUUGCAGGGUGGCUAGUGGCAAGCAGCCGCAAGAUUGGGAGCUCGAAAUCGGUCCCCAUCGAUUCUCCUACCAAGAACUCAAGCAAGCCACCAAUGGGUUCAAGGAGAAAGUGCUUCUCGGGCAAGGCGGGUUCGGCAAAGUGUACCGGGGGACCUUGUCGAGUUCCAAGAUCCAGGUUGCGGUGAAGCGGGUCUUGCACGAGUCAAACCAGGGCCUCCGGAAAUUCUUGUCGGAGAUCGCAAGCAUUGGGCGGCUCCGCCACCAGAAUUUGGUCCAGCUCCAGGGCUGGUGUCGGAAGAGAGGCGAUCUUCUGCUGGUGUACGAGUACAUGGCGAAUGGGAGCUUGGACAGGUUCCUGUUCGACGAGCCUAAGGUUGCUCUGUUCUCGAAACAAAAGUUUCGGGUAGUGACGGACAUAAUUAUUGGUUAA